AGGGAGGGAAGGGGGAAACGCACGGAUGACGCACGAUUUGGUUGUGAUGUGAUUUCGAAUCCGAUGACAGUGUCUCUGUUGCGAUUGUGAUUUGCGUUGACUCGCUUCGGACAGUCUUUGAUUGAAAAGGGAGAAAGCAAGUCGGGUACUCUCGAAGCCGAAGCAUGGCAGACCCUCGCAUCAAGACCAUCAAAAUAAAGACAGGAGUGGUGCGGCGCAUAGCGAAGGAGAAGGUGAUGUACGAGAAAGAGGCGGAGCAACAGAGAGGCCGCAUACAGAAGUUCAAGGAUGAAGGGAAAGACGAACAUGACAUCAGGAAACAAGAAGAGGUUCUCUUAGAAUCCUUAAUGAUGGUUCCAGACUGCCAACGUCGCUUACUCAAGGCAUAUGAAGAUUUGAAAAACAUUUUGGAAACCGAGUCGGAGUUGAAGGAGCUGGAAGAAUACAAAGCAGCUGAACAGGUUCUUGAAGAAGCAACUCCUCAGCUUCCUGAGUCGUCGAUAGCUCACUGUUGUUAGCUAUUUAUUAAUCCAAUCACUUCACAUUUGUUUCAUUUUAUUAAAAAAUCGUUGCUAAUUUUAA